AUGGACUCUCUGUCGAAAAAGAUUCAGAACCUGGGCAUUCACGAUAUCCGGAAUGCUGCACGGUUCACGCAGAACCUCAUUGUGCAGUAUGAGCCAUAUCAGGUCGACAUCCGCCGCGCAACCAACACAGACUCGUGGGGUCCCACCCCAAAGCAUCUUGACAAAGUAUUGCGCAACAAGUACCAGGUGCCACUUUAUCUUAUGACAGAGUACACGCUGAAGCGUUUGGUGGACCACAUCGCAACGCGGCCAAAAAACCUCUACGAAAAAGCACGUAAACAGUACGUUAAUUACGGUAACGAGUGGCGGGUUGUGCUCAAGUGUUUGGUAGUUCUCGAACAUCUACUGCUCAAUGUCGACUCCGGUAGCGAGCUCGAGCAGGUAACCAGCUGUCUCACCACCCACAAGGGCAUCCUAACACGCGAUCUGAUGCAGUACCGCGUCGGAUUCAGCAACGACGGUAAAAUGGAAGUGCACGAGCGCGGGAUCAAAAAGAAAUGCGAGCAGGUGAUCCAGUACAUCGAAGAUCCCGCCUAUCUCAAGCGCGAGCGUGCCAAGCACUAUAAAAACGUGGCCAAGAUACAGCAGCGCUCAACGGCAUUUCCCCAGGUUUCUGGUGUGGGUGGGUCGUCGUUCGCGCAACCUGUGUACGGCUCAUACGAUGACACAGAGGACAUAGACGACGACUUUGGCGGCGAUGCGGACUUCAACGACGUCCAAUCCAGCGUGCCCGACCAAAGGCGGCGCAGAUCGUCUGCACUCGACGAGCAGAGACGUCAAAAGCGCGAAAUGCUAAGAGAGAAAAUUAAGGCCAGUGAAUUGCAACGCAAGGCGUCCCUGCGCAAAGCACAAGAGCCUCAAGUGGAUUUGCUAGAUUUCGACGGGCCAGAACCUCAAACUGCCGCGCCUGCAACUUCCAAUUCCGCGGCCAGGCCCCCAACGUCACUACUAGAUGACAACGAUGACGAUGACGAGUUUGGCGAUUUCCAAAGUGACAGCACUCCGCAGCCAACCGCCGCAGCUACUGCCACGUCCCCAGCUCCGGCCCCAGCGGCUGCGAGCCUCGACCUGCUCGAUUGGGGUGUGCCUUCAAAUUCUGCACCCACCACCACAGCAUCUGGUGCGUCGGCCGCUGCACCAGCUAGUGCGCAACGCACGCUUGACGGCUCCGUUGCGCCAUCUUCUAACAACAAGGACGCGUUUGCAGACCUUUUUUCUUACUCCAAGUCUCAUAUCUAA